CACUCAACCAUUGCAGUUGUGACUCCACUUUUCGCACCAGCGGACGUACAAUAAAAUCGAAGCGAACCGAAGAAACCGACAAACAUUCGAUAAUGCCGCAUUCCAAGCUGCUCUUGUGGGCGUUGGUUGGCCUGCUUCACCUGCUGACCUUUGGCCAUGCUGACGAGACUCAGCUUAAGAACAACACGAUAGUGGUGCACACUCCUCUUCAGAACUACGAUCAGCCAACUCUGCGGGACUACGAGGAAUGUCAGGCGAACAGGGAUAAUUGCCUGAAUGUUUGCGAUGGCAAACAAUCCUGCGAAGAGGAGUGUCCUGUCUGUCCGGAACUCUACGAUAAUCCACUGAUGGUUCAGGGCAUUAACGAUACGGAUUUAGUGGCACUACCACAAGCACCCAUUAACACCACGAACAUCAUUCGCCUGACCAACGAGAUCAACAACAUAAUCGAACAUCAAAUCCAGAAUCGAAAUGAGGUCAACAUUAAGGUGAAUCAGAAUGUCUCACAGGUUGGAGGACGCUUUGGAUUGGGCUAUACUGAUCGAGGAUCCUGUUGCUAUGUGGUGCGUUUGGAUCGAGAGUGUGAGAGUGAUGGUGGACAUGAUUGCAGGGAAAAGAGCCGUCAGCGGGUUUGUGGCGAGAAAUGUCAGGCUAGAGUGAUGUUGGCCAAAAGAGUGGUCCAAUGUGACGCUGAGGAUUCUGACAAAUGUCAUGAGACCAUCGAAUAUGUGCCAAGGAGGAGGAGAUCGCAUCGAAAGAAGUCCAACGAAGGAACGCAGUGUAAAUACUUUGGCAUCAGUUGGCCUUACUUUACUUGUGGCCAAAAUCCUGGACAAAAUGGAGCUCCAAUUGAGCCUCCACGGGUGAAACGCACCACCUGCCAGCAGUGUCUCAACUAUCCCUAUGGUUAUAUUCUGCAAAAUGGUCUUCCGGCCCAAUGUGCAGGUUGUUUCCAGGGCUACGGAGCGCCUAUGAUGCCCAUGUUCAAUGCUCCUUACAUGUACAAUCCUUAUAUGCCAUAUCCAAGCUUUGGAAAUUAUCCAGGCCUAAAUAAUAAUAAUGGUAACAAUGACGGAAGUAGCUAUGGAAAUAAUAAUGGUAAAGUUGAUAAUAUUGUGGAUAACACCAUCGCGGGAUCUGGGGAUGAUGGUUGGAUUAUAUGUGACGAUGAUAACAUUGAAAACUGCUUAAAUGCCAAGGAACAAGGAACGCCUGCUCAUGUGGAUAAACCAACGAUAGAUACUGAGGAGUCAGAAGAAUACAAUGUUCCAGUCCAGCGAAGGAGGCGCCGCCAAAACCGUCACAACUUUGUGCGUUCCGCUUACAGUAAACGCAAUCGCGAAAAUUGAUCUGAUCUAAGCCACCAACAAACUCUUGAGAUUUUCCAAAAACCUUUCGCCUCAAUAUCUAUUAGUAUUUUUUGGUUAAACAAAUAGUUAACAUUAUGAAACUACUACCAAACUCGCCAUUUGUGUGUAAUAUUCUACCGAAUAAAGGAAUUUUUUCAAAAACUUAA